ACAGUCCCUGACCUCAAGGAGCUUCCAUGGGCUCUACCUCAUUUUAGAUCUUUAAGCAGAGACAAAUGGUGGCUGAUCAGGGAAACAGAAAUGGAGAUACUUAUUCAGGAAUGAGUUAAGUUCUAAGGUCUGUAAGAUCCCAUUUAACUCAAAUCCCGAGACUCUGUUAAAAAACAAACAAACAAACAACAACAACAACUUUUUAAAAGCAUCUUUUCUCUGAUAAGACUUUGAGUCUUUCUUCGGGCCUCCUGCUAUUUUACUAAUUUCCAUUAUAAAUCCUGUGUUUCCCCCUUUCAGAGUGUAUCCGAAGAAAUCUCCAAGUCAAAAGAAAAAACUACCUUCCUAGGAAAAUCACGUGCCUCCGUGGCUAUGCCCUUCCAUGCUAGUAAUCCUCCCCAGAGGAAGCACAUGGCUGUGUAUAUCCAGAAGUGGAGUUGAUACCUACUGGGCUUCACCAUGCAUCAUCUGUUCAGACUGGUUUUGGGACAAAAGGACCUUUCUCGGGCUGGAGACCUCUUCUCCUUGGAUGACUCAGAGAUUGAAGAGAGCCUGUCAGAAGCUUUGGAGCAAAUUAAAAUAAUUAGCUCAUCUUCAGACUAUUCGUUCAAUGGCAAUGAUCAAGCUGUGGUGGAGAUCUGUAUCACUCGCAUCACGACAGCCAUCAGGGAGACGGAGUCCAUCGAGAAGCACGGCAAGGCCCUUGUGGCUCUCUGGGAAUCCUGCUUGGAGCACAAUCUCAGCCCUUCCGGAAAAGAUGAGGACACACCCCAUGCAAAAAUUGCUUCUGAUAUCAUGAGUUGUAUUUUGCAGAAUUACAAUCGACCUCCUGUGAUGGCAUUGGCGGUCCCAGUGGCAGUGAAAUUCCUCCAGAGGGGCAACAAGGAGCUCUGCAGAAAUAUGUCCAGUUACCUAUCCCUGGCUGCAAUCACCAAUCCAGAUCUCCUGGCUGAGCACACUGACGCAAUAGUAAAGAGCAUCCUUCAAGGCAACUCCAUGUUGUUACGUGUCUUGCCUUCUGUGUAUGAAAAGCAACCCCAACCAAUUAACAGUCAUGUGACAGAGCUGGUGACCCUGAUGUGUCAGCUGGAGCCAACAGAACAACACCAUCUUCUCAGGCUGUUGCAGAUAGUUGCAAGAAGGAAACGGCCCAUGGUGCUUCAGGAAUGCAUUCCUCUCUUAAUUGGUCAUUUAAAGAACCCUACUCACAGUGAUGUUAUCCUAAAUAUACUCACAGAAAUAUCUAGCUAUGAACCAGCAGCUCUGAGUCAUUUUCUUCCAACACUGAAGGAUAUUGGGACGAGCUUUCCCAGCCUGAUUGGACAAAUGGCAAGAAUCUAUGGAGCGGUUGGGCAUGUGAAUGAAGAGAGUGCAAGGACCUGUCUGACUUACCUGGUAGAGCAGCUGGCUAACAUGGAACAUUCCUCUCAUCAUCUCCUUUUGUUGGAGAUUAAGAAUCUCACCGACACCUUCUCUACUAUCCUGGGGCCUCAAAGCAGAGAUAUCUACCGGAUGAGCAAUAGUUUCACCGCCAUUGCCAAGCUUCUCAUCCGACACCUGGAUGGCGACAAUCCCCAAAGAAGGAGGAUGGAAAGAAAGCCUGAAAAGAAAACUUCAGAACCAUUGGAAGAUCUCAAAUCUGCUGCAACUAAUGGAAGUAAAGAGGAUGAAAAGCUGCAAGUUAAGAUACAGGCUUUUGAAGAAAAAAUAAAUGAAGAGAGCAGUCCUCCUGGCUCUGCUCGGAGAUCUAGUCUAAGCCAAGUUUCAAAGGAAGAAAGGAAAGAUUUGAGAUUUAACAGGUCAAAAAGUUUAGCUUUGCACGCAGUCCACCUAAACCAUACAAAUUCAGAGGAUAAACAAGACGUUAAGAAUGGAGAUGUAAUGGCCAGCAUCUCUUUUUCCGAAAUAGAUGGGCUUAGCCAAGAAAAUUAUAAGUCACCAUUUAAAGCAGAUACUGAAGAAUCACAGCUGGAAGUUUCUUCAAUUUCACACCCAAGUAGUAAAUGGACAGAAUCUGAGAACUUGCCAGAAACAGUUAAAGAAAAUGGUCAUGAAAAAACACCAGAGACUACACAAAGUCAUGUGGAAUACCAAGAUAAGCUCUACUUGCACUUAAAGGAAAAUCUCAGCAAAGUGAAAGCAUAUGUCAUGGAAAUUGGGAGGAGUAUUCCAGUCCCAGAUCAGUGCACCGUUGAAGAUGCGGUGGGAAGUUGCGUGGCCAAGCUGUCCUUCAGCUGCACCCUGAAGGGCCAUUACUGCCUAUACAGUAAGUCCAGCUUUACCCUCGUCAGCCGCCAGCCUCAGCUCUGGAUUCAUAUCAUGUUUCUGUUUCAGCAGGGCUCAUUUCUGGAGCCGCUGUCCACACAAAGCCUGUCGGUGCAAGCUCUCAGAUCCUUGUGGGAAAAGACCCAGAUAAAAGGAACUCACAGUUUUGAAACCGCGAUGAUACAGUCUCCAUUUCCCCAUAAAAAGGACCUGGACCAGGUGCAGCAACAUCUGGAGGAAGUGAGGUUCUUUGAUUUGUUUGGCUUCAGUGAGGAAGCAGGCGCGUGGCAGUGCUUCAUGUGCAAUAAUCCAGAAAAGGCAACAGUUAUAAAUCAAGAUGGCCAGCCUCUCAUGGAAGGAAAACUGAAAGAGAAACAAGUUAGAUGGAAGUUCAUUAAGAGGUGGAAAACCCGUUACUUUACCCUGGCCGGUAAUCAACUGCUAUUUAGAAAAGGAAAGUCUAAAGAUGAUUCGGAUGACUGCCCCAUCGAACUGAGCAAAGUCCAGAGUGUCAAGAUCGUGGCCAAGAAGCGCCGGGACAGGAGUCUCCCCCGGGCUUUUGAAAUUUUUACUGACAAUAAGACUUACGUCUUCAAGGCCAAAGAUGAGAAAAAUGCUGAAGAGUGGCUUCAGUGCAUUAACGUGGCGGUGGCUCAGGCCAAGGAAAGGGAAAGCAGAGAAGCCACCACCUAUCUGUAGCCAGCACUGCCAGAGAUAGCUCAGCGCGGCUCUGCCAAACCGGGCAGGGACAGACUCGCCCAUCCUGUCGGCUCACUCCUAAUUCUCGGAGGGUCUGUCAUUUCUAAGGAGCAGGUCCUCAGGAGGAGAGACUGGGAUCUUUGACCAAGGCUGGCGAUGGCCACAGAGGAAAGUGGGGUUUGAAAUAAACUCUUGGUUGGUGUGGGGCAGGAAAUGGCCAUGAUCAGUGAUCCAAGGACCUUUUGGACAAUAACAGUUAAUUAUCAUGAAUUCAAUUCAGCAAAUAUGUAUUGAACAUCUACAAUGUGCAAGGUGCUGUUCUGUGCACUGAGGAUGAUAAGAACCCUCAAUAAAUUUAGGGUAUAUUGUGAUGGGGGCAGGGGAGUAUGAAACAUGAACAUACUUAUUUUUUAAGUAUGACACAGAUGGAAUCCUUGCUGCCCUUUGUGCUUAGCUUAAGCACCACUUUCUAGGAGAAGGUCUUUUUCUGAACUCUCCAGUUAUCAAGUAUACUCCUGUGAGUAUACUGAAAUUAUUUUGUAUUUACUUACUCGUUAGUCUAUAUGGUUUAUAUUUACUAUCUAUAAGGUAGUCCCCUCCCAUUAGAAUGUAAUUUCCUUUAUUUAAUUAACUCUGACUUAUAGCUUCCUUACCACAAAAAAGAACUUAUAAAGGCCACCUUCUAAUCAUCAAUCAUUCAAGAAAUGGAGUAACAGGAUUAGUGGACACUAGAGGAAAAGCUACUGCUUAAAAUGUUAUUUCUGAAUGUAUUGAUGUUCUUUUUCUCUUUGCACCAAUGUGGCUAAUGCAGUAUUAACCAGUCAUCACCCUAAACCAGUUAUAUAAUUAAACAUUCAUCAUUCAGAGAUUUUCUCCAAUUACUUUAAGUUUAUAUGGUACAGGCAAUCAUUUAUAGGAUUGAAUCUAUUUUCUUGCAGAAGCAGCAACUGGAUUCAGCAAAGCCAGACCAUUCCAGCCCAUUCGAUUCAGCCUAAUUUCAAUCAGAAACAAAUACAAAAUCCUCUGUUUAGAUUUUUAAAGUCCCCUCCAAUACUCAGUUCCUCUCCACAUACUCAGUGAUACACUGACUGGCUUUCUCACAGUCCCUUGCAUGGGAUAUUUCAUCAUUUGACUUCAUUUCCAGUUAUUGUUCCCCAAGCCUGGAAUUGUUCACCUCCUCAUUUCUCCCUCCUGAAUCUUCCAGAUUUCUUUAAGACUGAGAUCAAAUCCCAUCUUCUUCAUCUUUGUCAUCUACUUCUUUACCUUUAAUAUUGCCUUCCAUUUACCUUGUGUGUAUUAUUUUUUAUCAUGUCAUCUCCUCUAAUAGAAUGUGAACUAUUCAAGAGCAAGGACUGUUUCUGUUUUUCUUUAAUCUCCAGUGCCUGAAAUUUAAGGAAGUAGUUAAUCUGUGUGUUGACUGAUUAUCCCAUGGCAUGUACGAGACAGAGAACGUACAAGAAAGUAUACCCACAGUAACAUUAAUGGCCCCAGUUCUCUUUAGAGAUACUAUCUCAUUAAAAAUGUCCAAUUCUGAGGAAUCCUUUACUCUCUUGCCUUCAUCUUCUUUCACCCAUAAACUAUAGAAAUCUGAGCCAAAAAUAAGUUGCUGUUUAUAUAUUUUAAAGAAUUCUUCCCCAAAAAGUACAAAGACCUUUGAGGUUUUAUUUGGAAAUCUAUGAAAUUAACCAAGCCAUCCUAAUCAUUCCUAGAUGUUGGAACUGAUUAUUAAAACUAAGAUCCUAAUAAAUAUUAAGAUAGUGUUAAGUGACAUUGCAUGCAUUAUUUAUAAUUCCAGUGCCAACAGAAUGCUCAGACCUUGACUAGGCAGGAAAACAGCAAUGAAAUCCUAACAGUUUACUGAUUUACAGGGAGAGAGACAAAGACAGACAGACACAGAGAGAGGGAGAGAGAAAUAGAGACAGAGAAACAGAGACAGAGAGAGGGAAAUUGAAACAUUAAAUCACACACAGAGAAGACAAUAGUUUUUGCCGAUUGAGAACAGAAAGAAUGGAUUCUUUCUGUGACUUGUUACCAAGGAUCUGUGAUUUCAUCACCUGGCAUUUGGGGCCCACACUAAUCUCCUUGCCUUUAAACCAGAUCUAGUGAGGUAUAAUACAUGGGCAAAGUCUAAGUGGUUUCACUCUAGUAGACUGCUGGCUCCCCAGAUUGCAGAAUCUAACUAUGGGUCUCCAAAUAAUCAGCUCCCCUGUGAUAUUUUUUUACUGGAAUUCCGACUGCUGUGGCUGGCCAGGCUCAACUUGAGAUCCGUCCACAUCCCAAGAGGAGGGUUGCCAUUCUUGAUCCUGAUCUGGGCAGAGACUGCUUUUGUAAACAUUCUGAACCUUAAAACAAAAUGUUUUGAAUUAAGUUAGAACAGAAAUUCAAAUGGUUCUCAUUUUUAUUCUCAUUUUGACGUUGUUUUCCACAGAAAGCCUGGGGCAACUUGCUUUAUGUAAGUGAGACCUGAGCCCCAAAUCCCUUCAAAGAUAGAUUCAAAUGUCAGAUCCAUGAAGUCCUUCCUGAUCCUCUCCCAUCAUUUAUCUUGUAUUCCCUCAUCUGUGUGUACCGGUUAUGUCCUUUCCCCAAUAGAAUGUAAGCUUUUUGAAGGCAAGAAUGAUUGAAAGCAGUCUCUACUUCCAAAUUAUUUUAUAAUUCUUUACCUGCGUACAUAUUGUCUCACUUGAUUAUUCUUACCAUGAGAAAAUCUUUGAGUAUAAUUAUGUCCAAUGCAGGUUUUCCCUAGAUGACCACAAUAGCAGGUUCCUUAGAUGAAGACAAAAAGGAAGCUACACGGGGAACACUAGACUCCCACAUUAAUUAAGGUGUUUUUCUGCGUGCAAGACCCCACAGUGUAACCAGAACUCCUUAUCAAUGCAUCCAGCUCUCGGAGAUCAAGGUCAGCUUUGGAAACCUCUCACUAAAUUGCUCUUUUAAUUCCAACCUCUUCCUCCCCUAGGAAUGAAAGAAUUGGAGCCAUCACUAAAGAAACAAAAAUUCCAGCUCCUUUUCAAGAACACAGGGUACCAUCAUGUCAACGAAAGGACAGACUUCCUUGUUCCCAGCAGUCAGUAAAUGCAAAGGCAUUAUGCUAAAACCCAUAAAUGGUCAAAUUCGCUCUCCUUUGGUGAGCUUCCCCUUACCCAGAGACCUAUUCACUUGUUUCAAAUGUCCAGUACCUCCAGAAAUGUGAGAAAAAAAUAGCCUGGGGUUCUAAAUUGUCUUGUGGGAUUUUUGGUAAAUAUUCAGGUAGCUGGGUUUUAGUCUGAUUACUUUCUUUUUAAUUUUGUGAAUUUUAUUUUAUACAUUGUAAAAUAUUCUGAUUUGGAGUCCCUGGGCUUCACCACUGUGCCAAAAAGUAUAAUGAUUUCUAUUCUAAAGAGACAAGCUGCUCUUCCAGACCUUCACAGUCCACGUGGCUCACAGUACCCUGUGAAGGGUCUCCAGUCUUCUCACUUCAUGAUUAUUCCUUCUAAGACAGAAUCAUGCAGCCAAACUGAGACCAUCACCAUCAUUUCUUAUCCUCACCUUAAACCCCUCCAUUGAUUACACAGCCUCCCUUUCCUAGUAAGGAGCACAAGUGUCUUUCUAAAAUCUGUUUCCCUUCCUUACUGUGCUUUUCCUAAUCCUUCUAAAAAGAAACAAACAAACGGGAAAUCAUACAAUCGUUCAAACGUUUUCCCCAGGGCUAGACCUUUCCUGGUGGAAAGAUAACAAAAAUGUCCAGAUUUGGCCCUUCCUAAAAGGCAUGAAUGAGGCAAGUCAAAUUAUGGAUGAUACUCUCAUCAUCACCAAUGGAAAAUGGUAUUCCAAGAAAAGUAGACCUUGUUACAGAAUGACUUUAGACCUGGACAAGAUGUGUCGUUUGUGCUCUUCCUUUCUCCUUUUCCUUGCUGUGUUACUUUAUGUGAGUUCCCCAAGCUCUUGGGGUCCAGUUCUAUUAGCCUUUCCCCCCACUCUGGCUUCCCCCCUGAGAUUAGCCUUUUGGCCAGACUUUUCCCGCCCCUCUUCCCUCCCUCAAUUAAAGCUUAUUUCCUUGGUCCCAUUCAUUCAAGGAUCUGCCGAGUGAUUGAGCAGAUUCUCUCUAUUGGCUAUAGGUGAUAAUACCUUACAGCAUGUGCACCUUUAACAGGCACCUGCAAUAACUUAAGCCAAAGUAUUGAGUAGUUUCAGAAUUUUGGUGCCAUGGAAGGGUCAAUGGCAGUAGCUCUGGGGGAACAGAGACUCUAGGAUUCUAGCUAGGAGUAAAGCCAGACCCCCUGUGGAGAGCCCCAGGAAUUUGCCCCAUCCAGAGGGGAUUGAGCUAAAUGAGAUUUUGCUUCCAAUUUUCACAUAUUGGGUAUAUCAACAAAAAGUAAACAAUUUGGGAAACACAAUUUCUAUGAAAUUUUACAACUUUCUUGAGCAUUUUUCCAUAAAAUGCUACCCAGGACACAUUGUACUAUUUAAUGUAGUUUCUGUUAGGAAACUGCCUCUUGAACUUUAUAAUGCUUAAAACAAAAACAAAAUUUUACUGCCCUUUAACCAACAAAAUCAUUUGAGUUCCAUUGAAAACUAAGGGUUUAAAUGAAUUCAUAACUUAGCAAAAAAUAUUUAUGUGUGUAUAUUGGAAGGAGGGAAGGAGGAAAAGAGAGAGAGACAGAAACAGAGAUAGAGAGAGACAGAAAGAGAGGCUUAAGGUUUGCAAAGCACUUUACAUAUAUUAUCUUAUUUGAUUCUCAAAACAAUUCAGAGUGCAGGUGCUAUUAUUUUUGCAGAUUGGGGAAACUAAGGCACACUGAGGUCAACUUACCACAUUAUAAGUGACCGAGACAGGAUACAAUGUCCUGACAUUGGCAAUAUACUCAUGUGUCACCUAACUUCCUUUAAAAAAAGGAGGGAGGUAUUAAAUAAAAAUUUCUUUAGAAGGUCAUCCAGAGGAGUAAUGUGGGGUAGGAUGGAGUGGGUGAAAAACUUGAGUAAAAAAGAUUAAAGUAGCUUGUUUUGCUUGGGUAAGAGUUGUUGAGUAAAUAUAAUAGGUUUUUGCUUGUUUUUAUUUUGCUUAAUAAACUAAAACCAAUUUUUAAAAAGUAAUAUUUAUAUGCAUAUUUA